GCCCGCCCGCCCGCCUGCCCACCAGUCCGCCUGUCCGCCUGCCCGCCUGCCCGGAGCUGAGCGCACCGACCGCGGCUGCUCCCAUGGCGAGGACCCCGGGCCCCAAGUUCAGCCUCUUCCUCCCGCCGCUCGCGGUGCUGCUCGUCUGUGUGUGCGCGGCGCCUGGCGCCUCGGGGCGCAGAGAUUCUCACUCUCUUCACUAUGAUUUCAACAUUUCUUCUGAUAAACAACCAUGGUGUAUGGUCCAAGAAAAGAUGGAUGAAGAGAAGUAUCUUUUCUAUGACUGUGGCAACAAUAAGGUCAUAUAUAUUAAUCUCCCAAGAGAGGAGGGAAAGGCCAUUCAUUCCUGUAAAGGAGAGUUAGGAACCCUGAGCAACAUGGGAAAUGAAUUAAAACCAUUACUGGCUGACAUUAAACGUGAGAAAUAUGCAGAUGGAGCUCCUCUCACCCUGCAGGUCAGGAUGACGUGCCAUGGAAGCACCAGUGGGUCCUUGGAGUUUUCCUUGGGUGGACAGAGGCUCCUUACCUUUCACUCUGAGACUGAAGAAUAUAAAGCGGAUGAUUCCGAAGGUGAACGGCUGAAGAAGAAGUGGGAGAAAUAUGAGGAUUUGAGCAAAGACUUCAAAAUGACCUUAAAGGGAGACUGCAAGGAAUUGUAUAAAUGCUGGGUACACAGGAAGACAGAGCUGGAGACAACAGCUGCACUGACCACAGUCCCGGCCCAAGUCACAACCACACCUACCAUAGCCUCAGUUUCACCAACCAAGACCACAGAUGGGUUGGAGACCUGGGCCAUCAUUCUCAAUGUAUUUAUGAUUUUCAUCACCCUGAUCAUCAUUUGAAUCAUCUAUUACAUUAUAGGAAAAGGUAAAGAGGGCAGAAUUGAGUGGAAAAUGAGAGGCAGGUGGCCUGGAAUGAGGACAGGGAAAGGUGAAUUUUCAGCCUGUCCUUGCCCCCUCACUGAACCUUCUCUUUGUGAAAAUUAGUCUAGGGAACUAACAUGUAAUAUAGCUUGAUAGCAAUAACUUGGACAAGCUCAGCUCUGAGUUCUAUCUUCUGUCAAAGCAGUGGGAAAAGGAGGGUGCCAUACCAAGGCUUAACCCCUGUAGAUGCUAAAGAGGAUUAGUGAUUUCAGUCCCCAUCCACAUCCCUUGUUUGGGAGAGUGUGUUUGGGGCCGGUGUGUGUGGUGUGGGAACAGCAGGCACACAGGACAUGGGAAGUACUCCCGUUCAGGUGAGAGCAGCAUGGCGGCUCCAUGUGAUGUGUCCAGGGGAAGGGAGUAUCCAGGAGGCUAAGAGGAGAGGGGUCUGGGUCUGAUACCAGGAGGAGAGGUGGAAGGCCUUGCAGAACCAAUUCUAAAUGUUGGAGUUUGCAUCUGCCUUCCCAGAAAGUGGCUUUGGAGACAUCAGGUAAGACAGAUGGCCAGCAGUACAGACUGCAGGACAAGUUAGAUGGAAGCCAUUUUUUUUCUGGAACCCCCUGAGAAUCCUGGGUAAGCCCUGAUUCAAUCACCUGGCAGCCAGCUUCCUCCACACUCCAAAUCCUGAGUCACUGUGUGCCUCCUUCCUUGAGCUCAGGUGACUCCAGGGAUAGGUGUGGCUUAGCUGCUGGUGGAGUUGGAUGCUGACUGGUGACUGGAGCACGAAUCCAUGGGGCAGGACAGGGACACUCACUCUCAGAGCUGUGAGCUGUUACCAGGGUGAGGAGAGCAGGCCAACCAAGGAUCUUUCCACAACCACAACCAUUCCCUGGUAGAGAAACCAGGAUGCAGGCCUCUCUCUCUGGACAAGGUUCUUCUGGGCUUUUUUAAAAUCAAAAUUUCAGUAGAGGGAGCAUCACAGUUCAUUUGCACCUUGAGUCCUGAGCCCCACCUGCCUUUGGAUCUGACUUGCCUUGUGAUAAAGGUGGUAGGAUGUGGGUACAAGCUGUAGGGCCUAGGGUGGUAGUGAGAGCUGAUGGGAAAUACAUGACUCUCAGGAGGGUGGGGCUCUGAGCUGGAAGGGUUUGGGGUCGGUAGCCCCAGGGGAACUGACCCAGGAUUUUCUCAGCCCCUGAGACAAACAUGUGUUUCUCUUCAGGUGGCAAAGAUGCUGCUCAAAAGCUCCUGGAUGUGUGGUCUAGUUCAACAUGUGUCCCUGCUGCUUGGCUACCUUUCCACCUCCAGCAGUGCACCUGUUGGCCCCAAGGAGCUGCAGUCCUUACAGCAAAUGCAGAGACCUGCAGGAGGUCAAGAGGAUUCAGAAGAUGCUAUGUUCAUGUCCUAAAUUCCAUGAGAAGUUUGGUAACUCUGCACAGUUUUCAACAUUUGGUUCCAUUUUCUCUUGAUUGUUAUAAUUCUUGCAGUUAGCUCUCCAACUGCUUGAAAAAGAAAUCUUGCCAGAGAGAACACUUUCCAGUCUCCCCUUGGGUUGUGGAAAAUGAGAUAGAUCUCUGCAUCAGGACCUCGUUGUAGCAAAUGAACAAGAUACCGUGUGAGACUUCAGGCUUUGCAGAUCAGAAGUCUGUUGCAACCACUCAGCUCUGCUGUGUAGCGUGAAAGGAGUGAUAGACAAUACUUGACCAACCUUUGGGCUGAUGCUCUAAACACUGAGUCAAAGCAGCCAGGGCCUCACCACCUUUUAAAGGGAAAAUAAUAUUUAUGAUGGUUACCUUUAGAAAGUUUUAAACUAUGUAAUGCUAUUUAAAGUUAUAUCUCUCUAUGAAAGAAUACUAUAACAAUACAAUUACUUAGCGAUUUUGUUUUAUAACACACAGUAUUUUAGGUGAUUAUUGUUUGUUCGAAUAAUGCUGUAAAUAAAACCAGUGGUUCUGAUAAAUUACUAUGGAAACAGAAUUUACCAUCUUUGUCAUGUCAUGGAAUAAAAAAAAUCAUAUGGAUCCUAAAGUAUGAGGAUUUAUCUGCUAUUACCGCACACUCCACACCCCGCAGUGACUUUCCUGUGAUUCUGUCCCUGCAGACUCACCUCCUUCAGUGGCUGAAACAUCUCUACUUAAAAAAAAUAUAUUUUAUUCAUUUGUACAGAGAGGAAGGGAGAUGGAGAGUUAGAAACAUUCUUGAGAGGGAAACAUUGAUCAGCUUCUUCCCACUGGGGAUUGAGCCCACAUCCAAGGU